CUCGUUGCGUAUUUCCUUCUCCCUUCCCUGUGUGGAUCCAGACCACCGACGCAGCCGGACCGCCAGAGAUGGCCGGCGGCGGGGCGCAGGCGCAGGCCGCGGUGGCGGAGCAGAUGGCGCAGGCGCUGCACUCCACCUCCAACCUCCUCCACCUCAUGGAGGAGUCCUCCCCUGCCCAGGCUCACCUGGCAAAACUUCCCAAGAAACUGUUGGCAAAGGCAUCACUUGCUAAGAACACAGGGCAAGUCUUGCAUCAGCUACCUCAUGUGGUUUCUUCCUUGGAUGCUUACAUGGAAGCUAGUUUCCAAAGUGCUUCUCAAAUCAAGACUGUUGCACAGCUCUUGUCAAACAUGGAGAACAACCAACUGAGAUCUAUCUUACCUGCCUCUCGGUUAGAGAAAGCUGAGAAGAAUACUGAGAACAAACUCAGGGUUGAAUGAUACACUUACCAAAGGGGAUACAUUAACCAAACUGUAUUCUCCUAGGGAAGGCAUAUAUUUUCGUUGAGACUAUCCCUUUUCUUGUUUGUGGAUACUAGUAGUAUAAACUACACUGCUACUUAGUUUUGCUGGUAUAUGCUUCUUCAAAAAGGUAAUUUGAUUGAGGACAAAAGUGACAAACACACUGGAAACUUUCAUCUUUAGCAUUGGGUAUUGCUUACUGCAAUCAUCUACAGACUAAAGAAGUGAUUAUUACAGGCCUAUGUACAGUACACAGUUCAGAGAUUAUUGUCUAGUGUCUACCCUGCCAAGCAAAAGAUGAAUUGUUUUUUAGAUAUGUCAGCCUACCUUCUGUAACUAUUAUUCUUUGGCUCUCGAAGAACUCAUAACCGGUUUGCUACUUUUCAAUCCCAUUAGUAAUUUCUAACAAACAGAUGACUCUUUUCUUUACAUGACUUCCCUUCCCAAUUCCCAUAGGUGUCUUUGCUAUCUUGUAGUAGUACUGACGAACAGGAAUAAACUGAAUCCUUACCACUGGUCAGGUGUUGGCUCCGUUUGCUCCCAACCAGUGUUUAAAGAUCUUGUUUGAUUCAAAUGGCUGUGUUUCUAUGUUUGCAUUGGCUUUCUCAAGUCACUACAACUCUUCAUCGGUGUAAUAUGUUUUUUUCGUCUUGAUGGCUUGAGCCACAUCAUCUGCUGUUCCAGCUGGCUCUGUAAUCCCUCGGUGUUGGCUGUGAAGUCCAUUGGUUACUUUCAGUAUAUACACACAUAGAAACGGCUUUGUCCCUUCCAAUCUCUGCUUUGCGGCAACAAAAGCUUAUUUGAAUCACUAUUAGGUGAUGGGUGUAAUGACAGUUCUUUCAGUAUUUUAAGGAUACGGAU